GUUCAAAGCAGCCGCGGUCCGCCGGUCUCAGACCUCCGUCCGCAGAGUGACCACACGGCACCUGUCUCACGCGCCUGCGCAGACAUAAAACAGAAAGUUUCUUUUCUAUGACAAACAACUUUAGAUUCUCAAUAUUGAACAAGAGGGGCGACAGCCUGUCAGACCCAAUCCAGGGAUAAAAAUCGCACAGUCCCGCCUCUGCCCUCGUGUUGUGUUCUAUAGUCUAUAGUAACGGGAUUCCUGGUCAGUGGAUGAUCCAGUUUGUCGCGGGACGUUCCUUGGAGCGACUCUUUCUGCACGUAUGAUGUUUGAGUCCUUUGAUGCGUCAUCGUUCUUCGGAGAAACCGCUAUUUACGAAGGCUAACUGAAACUUUUAACCAAAGCAGGUGCAGCUUUUUACAAGGCGGAGGCGGAGCCUCAGGAGUUCUGAAGUCCACUGGUUUCACUUUUGUUUGGUUCUGAAGGUGGAGUCCAGGACCCAGGAGCAAAGCUUGCACAGGUCUCUAAGAACCAAGGGGGACAGGUAACCGCUGGCAAUCAGGACGCUGCAGCUGUGAAGGCUGACCCGUUUCGGCAGGCAUGGAUGCUGGAUCCACAGAUGUGCAGGCGGAGCUGGACUCGGUGGAGGAAGAGCUGCAGCUGCUGCAGGUCCAGAUCUCGGAGCUCCUGGAGAAGCAGGCGGAGCUUACGACUCGGAAGGAAGAGCUGCUGCAGCGGCUGGAGGACGCCUGUGAGGCAGCACAGUCAUCCUCCUCAUCCUCGGCUUCCUCAAAGUCUUUGGCGUCAGAGCCCGUGAUGAGCCAGCAGGAGAUGCAGCGGUACGAUGAAGCAGAGUUCCCCUGGUCUGCAGCGGUGGACCAACACCUGAGGACCUCCUUCCACCUGUCUGCCUUCAGGCCGCUGCAGCUCAGAGCCAUCAACCUGACCAUGGAGGGCAGGGACGUCUUCCUGGUGAUGCCCACAGGCCGGGGCAAAAGUCUGUGCUACCAGCUGCCUGCAGUGUGCUCUGAGGGGUUCACGCUGGUCGUCUCGCCGCUGGUGUCCCUGAUGGAGGACCAGCUGCUGCUCCUGCGCUCGCUGCAAGUGCCGGCAGCCGCUCUGAACGCCUCCAGUGGAAAGGAGCACACAAAAACGGUUCUCGCUGCACUGACGGACCCAAAGGCCCCCUUCAAGCUGGUCUAUGUGACUCCAGAGAAGAUCGCCAAAAGCAAACUGUUGAUGUCCCGUCUGGAGAAGGCUUACAAGGCCAAGCUGCUGAGUCGCAUGGCGGUGGACGAAGUGCACUGCUGCAGCCAGUGGGGGCACGACUUCAGACCAGAUUAUAAACUGCUCGGCAUCCUGAAGAGGCAGUUUCCAUCAGUUCCUCUGCUCGGCCUCACGGCCACAGCCACCAGCAGCGUCCUGCAGGACUGCCGGAAAAUCCUGUGCGUGCCGCAGCCCGUCACCCUGACCGCCUCCUUCAACCGGGCCAACCUCUACUAUGAGGUUCGUGUCAAAGACUCGGACAGCGACUUGUCUCUGAGCGACAUUUCCUCUCUGAUCAAGAACAGAUACAAGGAGCAGUCAGGGAUCGUGUACGUCUUCUCUCAGAAGGAUGCAGAGUCCGUGUCCUCCGCUCUCCAGAAGAGCGGCAUCCAGGCGUACCCGUACCACGCCAACAUGGACCCGGAAGACAAGUCCAGAGUCCACCGAAAAUGGACCUCCAACAAGAUACAGGUUGUCGUGGCCACGGUGGCGUUCGGCAUGGGCAUCGACAAACCCGACGUCAGGUUCGUCAUCCACCACACCAUCAGCAAGUCCAUCGAGAACUAUUACCAGGAGAGCGGCCGAGCAGGUCGAGACGACCGUCCGGCAGACUGCAUCGUCUACUUUGGCUUUGCGGACAUCUUCCGGAUCAGCACCAUGGUGGUGAUGGAGAGCGUUGGUCAGAAGAAGCUGCUGCAGAUGGUGGACUUCUGCCAGAAUGUGGACCGGUGCCGGCGCUCUCUGAUGGCAGUUCACUUCGAUGAGGUGUGGGAUGAUGAAGACUGUAACCAGAUGUGUGACACCUGCCGACACCCAGCAGGCUACAACACCCUGGAUGUAACUCAGCAUGCACGGCAGGUGGUGCAGAUUGUGGAGCUGGCCACAUCUAUGGAUGAGAGGCUGACCCCGCUGAAGCUGGUUGAGGCGUGGAGAGGGCGAGGCCCGGCCAAGCGCAGGAAGAUGAUCCAGACCACAGAGCUGCCUCGGAGGCAGGCUGAAGCAGUGAUCGUCUUCCUGCUGCUGCAGGGAUACCUGAGAGAGGACUUCAGCUUUACUCCGUACACCACGUACUUCUACGUGAAGCUCGGCCGCAGAGCUCCUCUGCUGAAGAACCAGGCUCACAGUCUGACCAUGAAGAUGAAGAUGUCAGGAGCAGAGCCCGUGUCUGAUCUGUCGGCUGCAGAAUCCAGUGAGGUGAAGGGGCCCCACGCCAAACAGAAAGUACUGAAGGAGCAGAUGAACAUGACCAGGAAACAAGACCUUCAGCCCAGCAGCCAAAAAGAUCACAUCCAGGGGGCGUGCAGACCAUCAAAGGGGGCGGGUCUGCCAUAUCCCACCAUGCAUCUGGACUUGAGAGCACUAGAUGGUCAGGGACCAGGCAUGCAUAAAAUCAAAUCUGGUUCCAAAAACAAAACCCCCUCCAGAAGAAAAGGAACCCCCAGAGCCCCUGCUAGGAGUUCUGCCCCCACCCCUGCUACGUCCAACUGUCCGUCACAGGCCUCAAUCAUCUCUGAGACGGCGGCAGAAGAGCUCUGCCACCUCAGGAAGUUCUACAGCCAACAGCUGCGCAGGAUAGACCAGGCUUCCCUGGAGCAGCUGGGAGCCCCCCAAGAGCCAGGGGUGCUGUCCUGCAUUCGGGGGCCCCUGAGGAGCCUGCGCCUGCCCUGCAGCACCAGCAUCACCCAGACAGCCCGCAGCUUGUGGACACGGGUCAGCGGCAGGAGGAGGCUGCAGCAGCACUGACGGUAGCCCUGCAGUGAUCUGUUGACACAUUUUUCUGGUCUCAGAGGGAGGGGCCUUAUGGUGAUUGGUCAGUGGUGAAGCUGGUUUACGUUUAGAGCCUCUCGCCUCCUCUGGUGUCACUGCAGCUCAGAGAUCGACUGUAAAAACUCCAGAAUAAAAUCUGCUGUCUUAGGUG